AUGCCGGGACCCGAGCCGCAGGACUGUGAGGGGGCGGGGCCAGGUUCUGGUGUGCGGGUCCUUGUUACCGGGGCGACAGGGCUGUUGGGGCGGAGCCUGUGUCGACAGCUCCGUAGCGACGGAUGGAUCGUCAUAGCGACGGGCUUCAGCCGCGCCUCUCCCAGAAUGCACCAGUGCGACCUGACGAGCGAAGAGCAGGUGCAGCGGCUGGUGCGGACACACAAGCCGGAGGUGGUUGUACACUGUGCCGCUGAGCGCCGUCCGGACGUCGUGGAGCGAGCGUCUGACUCCGCUCUCAACCUGAACGUGCACGCCACCGCCACGCUCGCCAAGGAGGCAGCGACCUGCGGGGCCUUCCUGGUUUACAUCAGCACUGACUAUGUUUUUGACGGAAGAAAUCCUCCGUACGGAGAAGACGACUCCCCCAACCCCCUCAACCUGUACGGGAGGAGCAAGAGGGAGGGGGAAAGGGAGGUGCAGAGGCACUGCCCAGACUGUGUGAUCUUGAGGGUCCCUAUCCUCUUUGGGGAGGUGCAGAGGGUGGAGGAGAGUGCAGUCACGUCCCUCUGGUCCUCAGUCCUGGACCAGUCUCAGACCUGGUCUCUGGACCAUGUGCAGCAGCGCUUCCCGACCGACGUGAGAGAUGUGUCCAGAGUCAUCAGCAACAUCUGCAGCCGGCGACAACAGGACCCGUCUCUCUGUGGUGUGUUCCACUUCUCGGGGAAAGAGCAGAUGACCAAAUAUGAGAUGAGCAAAUCCAUCGCAGAGGCCUUCGAGCUGCCGAGCAACCACAUCGUCCCGGUGACAGACCCCGCCCCCUCCUCUGGCCCCGCCUCUCGCCCUUUGAACUCUCGUUUGAAUUGUUCUCGGUUGGAGCUGAUUGGUCUGAGCGUGGAGCCCCGCCCCUUCAGAGUCGCCAUCUUGGAUUCACUGUGGCCGUUUACACCGGACAAGAAGUGGAGGCAGACGGUGUUCCACUAG